CAAAAUUAUAAUCUAUAUAAAAAUAUAGAUGCCUCUUCCUAGUUUCAUUAAGUUUAAGACUUGAAGAUCAUAUAGUCUGACAUCACCUUUAUUACAGGCAUCCCCUCUAUUAUAGGCUAUUUAAAUUCACCUAGUUACCUGUAUAUGAAACCCAAAGGCUUUGUGUUAGAUGAAACCAUUUUACUAAACUUUAUGCCACAGGCAGAGAGCAGAAAAGAUUAUGGUGCUGUCAGUGCCCAAGGUCCUUGCUAUCGGAUAAUCUUAAAGAGGGAACUAUACCCCAAACUCAGGGAAGGUGUAGAUCUUCCAAGCUGUCUGCCAUCCUGGUCUCUUUCAACUUUAAAUCUGGCAAUCAGUAGGAUCCUGAGCACAAAAGCAAGACAUGGCAGUCUCCCAUCGAAGAAACAGAACUGUCCGUAUUACCUCAAAACACUCUACCUAGUUGCCAGAAUCGUCAGUUAUAUAGACGUUCCAUAAAAAAGGCUGAAAAUGCUUGGCUGGAAAAACAAAAUUGAGGUGUCUGUAAAAAUAAGAAACUAUGAGCUUGAUUGAAGACCUGUCAUCAAAAUGAGGCUGGAUGUGAAUGUUGAUGAAUGUUGACAAAACAUAGCAUCACCACCAUGUGGGAGGGAAAAUGCAGCUUGGUGCCCUGCAGGAAGCUUUUUGUUUGGGUCCUGUGGCCCAUGGGAGCCUCUGUAGCCUCUCUCUCUAGCCAUGUGGUACUGCUGUAUCCUGUUUGUGGUUGCCUGCCUUUAACAGGUGUUUGCCUUGAAAGUAGGCAAGGCCAUGUGUCUCCAGGCAGUCUGAGACACCAAGUGGGGCAGGGAGUGGGAUGGUGAGGUCAGGACAGAUUUGUGGGCCCAGGAAGGAGGGGACAGGUGGCACGUGGGGGUCAACUGAACAUUGAAUGUUGCUUGCAUGUGGGGAAAUGUGUUCACUUUAGAACACUUGAUUAAAAUGUACUUUCCCAGGUUUCUGGGUAGGGGCUCAAUUCACACAUAAUUGGAGUUAAACCCCUGAAUUUGAACCUGGCCUUUAUUACUUCCUGUAACAGAGAGCUAGAAGGCUGUUGUUAUUCUAAGAGGAAAGAGUACUGGGUUGAGCUUACUUGGAAAAGACUCGCAGCUAGGAAACAAGUUAGUUGUUAAUGAAAUGGCUGCCAGCAAACAGACCAGUUUGCAAGAUGCAGGUAGAGGCUAACUAUGGGAAGGUAACUCAUCCUGUGGAUGGAAGCAGAGCAGUAAAAUCUGACAAGGGCAGUCAGUGAGGCAGCCCAGAAACAAUUUGCUGACAGGGGAGCUAAGUCCUAGCAGGGGGAACGAGCAGGUCAAAAGGCACAGAGGGGAAAAUCCUGUGAGUGCCCACAGAGUCACAUGCCUGGAUGGGGCCGGGCUUAGGAGACUUAAAACCAGUGCCUGUGGCCAGGCAGGCAGUCUGACCUUGUUAGCUACAGAGUGAAAAGUUCCUGCCCUGGAAAGCUGUAAGGGGAAGUGCUGCUGACUCGUGGAAUGUCCUGACAAUAUCAGUGCAUUAUCCUUCCAAUUUUAAAGAGACCUUCCUCCCAGGAAACCCAUGAGUGAAGCCUCUCUGCAAUGGAACCCCAGCCUACCCUGGCCUGGGUCCUACUACUGAGCCUGAUCGCUGACUGUCUGAAAGCUGUUCAACCUCGAGACUUUACAGUGAAAGACAUUAUCUAUCUUCAUCCUUCAACCACCCCAUAUCCUGGUGGAUUUAAAUGUUUCACCUGUGAAAAAGCAGUGGACAAUUAUGAAUGCAACCGGUGGGCUCCAGAUGUCUAUUGUCCAAAAGGUACAAGAUACUGCUUCACACAACACAAGCUGGAAGACAGUGGAAAGAGCAUAUCUGUCACCAAGCGAUGUGUGCCAUUAGAAGACUGUUUGUCUACAGGCUGUGUAGAUUUAAAAUAUGAAGGACAGAAGAUCUGCACUUCCUGCUGUGAAGGAAAUAUCUGCAACUUACCAUUACCAAGAAAUGAAACUGAUGCAGUAUUUGCAACAACAUCCCCUAUAAACCAGACAAAAAGACUUUCACAGCACAUAUCACUAAUAACUUCAUGUCUCUUAUUGGUAUUUACUUCAUAGCAAUAUUACAAGGUGCUGUUUUUAUGGUCAGAAAAGUGACUUCAGCUCCAGCAGCAGGGAUGGCAGAGCUGUGGCAGAUGCACAAAGUGGAGGAGCAGCAGCCAGAGGCUUCACCUGUCUUGAGCCUCCAUGUCAACAGCAAAAAAAAGGAGGUGACCUCUCCCCUAGCAACAUCAUGGGCCCUGCUGCUGCUCUGCCAUUAUUAUCAGAACCAGAGCUACUGCAGGGAAGGUGCAGGGGUUACAUUGCUGCCCAGGAUGCUGUACUGGCCAGCUACUUACUUGGCAGCCAGGGGGAGGACACCUGUGUUCUAGUCCUGUCUCAGUGAAUAUGUAUGUACAGGCAACCCCCGCUUAGCGCUCUUAAUUAGUUCCUGAAAAACCGAACAUUAAGUGGAAUAGUGUUAAGCGAAAACAAUUUUCCCAUAAGAAUUAAUGUAAAUAAAUAUAAUUCAUCACCAGGACGCCCAGCAGCAGCGACAUGAGCACCUGGUAGCUCAGGACCAGCUUGACCAGCACCAUGCCGUUGCUGCCCGCCUGGGCCGUGAAGGCGGUGCUGUUGCUCCCCUCCAUGCCAGGCACUGGGCGGGGGGGGUGGUCAUGGCCACAGUUGCGAUCACUCUUGGUGGUGGGAGCAGGACACAGCAUCUGGGGCUCCCCUAGCAUGAGUCAUAGCAUGAGUCAUAGCCCUGCUGUGCCUGGCCUGGGUGCCAGGCAGGCAGCUAUAUAGUGCAGGUGGGCUAAAUUGCACAACAAGGCUGCACGCCGCCAAUGUACUGUGGUGGUAGUGUAUGCCCCCUGUUGCGAGUUGUAUGGUGCCUGUGAGUGUAUAACAAAACUCACUGAACACUAAGUGGAAUCGGGUAGCAAUCCAAAACAAGUUUUACAGCGAAAUAGCACUAAGGGAAACAGUGUUAAGCAGGGGUUGCCUGUAUUUUUAUACAAAGUGGAGCAGCUUAAACAGGAGACACAUCAAGAGCCCCACCCUGAAAUACCUUAUAGGUUGGUGGGGAGGGAAGUCUCCUGGGAGAUAGAAGCAAGUUCCAGUAGGCAGAGGAGAGAUUUCAGCUUGGUUUCCUGCAUCCUGGCUGAGUACUUUAACCACUGAGCUUUGGGUAAGUCAGGGCAGCGUCAUCAGGAGAAGUGAGCUAUGUUUUAUGUGGGAUCUCAUCUAUAAAUGUCACAUUCUACAAGCGUUGACUCCCUGCAGGAAAGACAGGUAGAAAAACAUUUGAUUUGUGACUCCUAUGAGGGCUUUGGUGACUGAUAGGUGCUUAGCUGCUUAGCACUACAAAGAUUUGGCCUAGGUUUUAAAUGUGUGUAGGCACCAGACAUUGCUGUCAUUUUAUGGCUCAAGCCUUCUGGAUGUAGUCUACCUACAGUUGAUAUGGGAUAGAUCCUUGGGUAACAGGGUGGCAUUUUAUGUUACCACUGCAGCCUCACCAAACGUAAGCAAUCUUUUGAUGACUUUGUGAUCUAGAUGUGGAAAGCCACCCUGACUGUGCUUCAGUAGUCACUAAUGCCCAUUAAUAGGGAAGGAUUAGAUUUUAUGGGUAAGAACAGUGAAAAAAUGUUUUGACAUACAAUUUUUGCAGGUAGAUAAGAUGUGGCCAAACUUGUGGCUGUUCUCUGUGUAGGUGCAUUUGCAGACAAUAAUGUCUGGAGAGCCACUCCUUUUACGCAUGGAUUAGGCACAGUCAGAAGUGUAGCACGGUCUUUUAGCACCUGGGACAGAGGCGGGGUAUGUGGGGGGUGGUAUGUGGUGGGGGUAGGGAAGGGGGAGGUGGAAUUAUGCUGACCAGGAGUGGGGGAGGGAGAGAAGAAUCCUGUCUUCCUGGCUGUCCACACUCCCGCAGCAGCUGCUACUGCUUUGGCUGCUGUUGCAGCAGCACAGGCUUUGACUACUAAUGCUGGAAGAAAGACAGUGGCAUGCGUUCCCCAGGGGUCACUCCUGGUGCCCCAUUCAUUUGCUCCCUCUCCCUAGGUGUGAGGCUGUAAAUCCUGUGGCAAAGCCCUCCCCCCCCGGUGAGUGGGGGCAUCAUUACAUACUCUCUCCCCCUCAGAUACACUGCCGGGCACAAGGCUGUGCCUGCCCAGUUCCAACAGCUGGGUGGUGCAGGGCUAGGCCUGCCAUGGUAAAAAUUAAUGAAGGGAGGGGACUGCGAUGGUGCCCCCAAGGCUGGUACCCUGCUUGUCCCCUCUUCCUCAUCUCUACCCCUAUUGCCACUGGGUGCAAUGCAGAACUUAUGCUAGAUUUGAGACCAGGCUUGGGCACCCCAGCCAUGGCAAGACUAUGCCAAGACAUACAGUGCACCUUUCAAAAACACCAGUUAGGACCACCAUUAAGCAGGUGUUAAACCCAUGCUCUGAGCUGUUCCAAUCCUUAGCAUACUAUACAGCUAGAAAUUGCUUCUCUGAGGUGCACUGCAGUCUCAUCCUUAAGGGAUGUUUAGACAUGUUGGACAAUGUUGCUACCCAGGAGCCAGUUUUGUUACACAGAUUUACUCAACAAGCUGGAACAUUUGCAGUGUGGUAGCAUGUAUUUAUAACACUGUUUUAAAAAAUGAAAUCUACCCAAAAUCUUAUCUGUUAAGGAAUCUCUAUACAAUUCUCUCCUUCACCCCAAACUUCCAGUGCACCCGCCAGUGGAUGUAUUAUGAUUUAUUAAUAAUGUAUCAGUGUUGAGAUGCUGUGUAUUUAUGUUUAGGUUCUGAACAAUGUGAUCUUCCUUUUAAAUAUUUGAUUUUUAAAUGUUGUAAAUGUUGUACCUAUGUGUAAAUAAACGGAGGUUUUAAAUAUACAA